AUGCUUGGUGUCUCAGAGCAAACACUUUAUGCCAAAGUCGACUCCAGGUGCAGAGAAUUGGGUGCUCAAAGAUUAGCCUAUCCUCCAGUCGUUGCAGGAGGAGAGCGAGCAAAUACAAUACACUACAUAAACAAUAAUCAAGUCGUUAAUGACGGUGAAAUGGUCUUAAUGGACGCAGGCUGUGAAUACCAUGCAUUUUCCAGCGACAUAACCAGAACUUGGCCAAUCAAUGGAAAAUUUACGGAUCCCCAAAAAAUUUUAUAUGAAAUUGUGUUGAAAACUCAGAAAGAAAUCAUUUACAAUAUGAUGGCCGAGGGAUAUCCUACAUUGGAUUCGCUGUUUACAAGAAUGUGUUUGUUGCUGGGUAAAUAUUUGCAGGAGGAGGGAAUUAUUAAAAAAACUGUACCAGAGAAGGAUUUACCAAAGCUUGCCUAUAGCUUCUGUCCACAUCACGUUUCACAUUAUCUCGGCAUGGAUGUACAUGACACACCAUUAAUCCCAAGAUCGAUACCGAUACAUCCAGGCAUGAUUAUAACAGUUGAACCAGGCAUUUACAUACCCGAGACUCGACUGGACGUCCCGGAACAGUUUCGUGGCCUGGGUGUGCGCAUCGAGGACGAUAUAUUGGUGACCAAUCAGGGACCAAUGAUAUUGACCCACUACUGUGCCAAAGAGAUUGCCGAUGUCGAGAAAUUGUUCCAGUCGAAAUUGAAGUGAUUUUGUACGUUUGAAAAAUAUAUCGAUGAAAUAUGCAGCGUGUGUUUUGUUAUGAU